AUGCCUCGGCUGCGCGCGCCGAUAAUGGACAUGGACCAGCCACUUUGCAUUCAUAAUCUCGCUGAUGAAAUACUGAGCGAAAUCUUGGAUUUGCUCCUCGAACCAGCGCCUCGCGCCGUGAACGGCAAAUUUAAUGGAAAUGGACAUACGAAACCUAAAAAAACCAUAAUUCAAUACGGCGAAGCUACUGAUCUCGAUCGCUUUCGACUUGUGUGCAAGCGGUUCAUGCGAAUUGGCACCCCUCACAGAUUCUCUCGCUUUACAUUGCGAUUUUCCGAACAUGGCUUCCGGCGACUAGACGAGCUUCUACAUAUGCAGCUAGCCUGCUAUGUGAAAUCCGUCACCUACAUGGUGCGACCAUUUUAUCAAGGAAGCGGCUGGCCUCGAUUACUCCAAGACCUCGAAAACAAAAUUCCCGCGCUGUCCCAAGUACACAGCCAGCGACUCCAAGAGCAAACGAAUAUAACCGAACGAAACAUUGACCAAACCCUCCUCCGUCUAGCCUUCGCCUCAUCGCCAGCCCUCCAAGAAAUAAAGCUCCUAAGACUUCAAGACGUGGAAGACGACCACCUAAUCCAAUUCCUUCGCACAGCCCCAACCCAAACUACCCUCUUCACAUGGGAACCGGCUUGCACGCGCGCAAUAACAACCCUAAGCAGCGCCCUCCUCACCUCAACCUCAUCAAUCCGCUUCACAGCACCCCAACUCAGCCCCGAAUCAACCCUCCAUCUCCUCCACACCCCACCUUCAACCCUCUCCCAGCUCGCAACCCGCCUCAUAGCGCUGGACAUCAACAUCCCCGCAAACGAAAAGCUAACCACCAGCAUAUCAUCCCUAUCAGCAAUCCUCCGCCGCUUCUUACUAGCGGCAAAAAACCUCGUCGCGCUACACAUCGGCUUCCUAAGCAAAACACCCCUCACCCUCAGCCUCGACUCCGUCUUCCACCACAUCCGCUGGAAAACUCUCCGCAAGCUAAGCAUCCAAGGCUGGCGCCUGGACGCAAGCGAGAUCAUUGCGCUUGCGCGCAGACACACGCAACUGCACGAUUUCCGCCUCGUCGCCAUCUACCUGCGCUCUGGCCUGUGGAGCGAUAUCCUGGUCGUUUUGCGGGAGGAGAUGCGCCAGCUGGAACAUCUUGAGUUGAGGGAGAUUGACUAUGCGCAUUUCGAAAACGGGUUGUUCGACGGGUCUGUUGGGCCUGCGCCUUCUGCGCUCAAUGAUGAGGGUGGGACGAUGGAGGUGGGGGUUUCGGCGGUGCCGGUUUUGAGGGGGAGGGGGAGGAGCUCUAUGGAGAAGUUGGGAGCUUUGGGGGUGGAGGAUUUGAGGGAUGAUGGGGUCAGGGUUAUGAGGAGGCAGUUGCCGCUGUGGGAGGCUUGGGUGCUUUCUUCGAAUGGGAGGAAGAAUGGGAAUGGGAAUGGGAGGGUUGCGUGGAAUAUGUGA